AUGGUGUGGCGUACACCCACCCGGGGGCUUCGGCAGCUCAGCACUCAGACAGAUACCUCCCAUCACCUCGCAAAGAUGGUGCGCGAGCGUGACUAUGCUGCCUACCUAACGCACAUCGCCUACCCACGGCGCCUGCAGCCCCAUUUUUUCGCCCUACGAGCGUUUUAUAUUGAGCUUGCGUCGCUCAAAGACACGCUGAGCAACGAGCUCGUGGGGCGCAUACGCAUGCAGUGGUGGAGAGAUGCCAUUGAGGGUGUCUAUGAUAAACGACCACCCAAGCAUCCGAUCACGCUAGGUCUUCGUGAUGCCAUCUUUGACCCGGUCGUGGCCCAGCACGGCUCUCUCGUGAAGGACCACUUUCUGCGCAUCAUAGAUGCACGCGAGGCUGAUCUAGCUGACCCUCUUUCUCCGCCUACGUUGGCCGAUUUGGAGCAGUAUGCUGAAUCGACCUCUUCGCGCAUGCUCUAUCUGCUACUCAACCUACAGGGUCUCUCCGACCCACGGGUAGAUGAACUCUUUUCGCACCUGGGGAAGGCGAUGGGCCUCUGCAUCCUUGUUGCAUCGCUUCCGCACCACACCCACCCCGCCCCACGCCCUCGAACCGGAGGAGGCGGGGCUCCUGGCCUGCCGGGCUCUAAGUACGCUCCGCAAGCCCAUGGGACCCCUCGCACACCGACACUACCACUGCCACUGGAGUACCUAAUGGAGCAGCGUGUCGUCCAGGAAGACGUGUUCCGGCACGGUAUUCAUGCACGCGGCCUCAGCGACGCCGUUUUCCAGACAGCGACGCGUGCGAACGAUUACCUUAUCACUGUGCGCGCCCUCAUUCAAGACACGUUUGGCGGGCGUGUGCCCCCCGCGGCUGUUGCUCCUCUCUUGCUAGGGGUGCAAACACGCUUGGUCCUCCAACGGCUGGAGGCGUCCGACUUCAAUCCGUAUGAUGCAACCGUGGCACAGCGCAGCUGGCUGCUACCUUGGCACAUUUGGCGAGCUGCGCGCACGGGGCGCCUGUAG